GUACUUGUUCAACCAUGUUGCCUACUAUCCUACCAGUAGCAGUGGUUACGGCUUUGUCACGACAUCUUUGUACCUACUAAAAGUGGUCCUAGCACCUGGCUUGUUGUGGCACUUGAAUCUAUAGAAGGCAGAAGAAGUACUUGUUCUAGUACUUGUACUAUCAAAACUAGUCUUCUAUUGUAGUUGAUACUACGCCGAUAUUCAGUGUGUUUGAGUGUAUCUGUGUGUGAUUGAGCACGAGAAGUUUCAUUGGUUGACAAGAAAGACUUAGGGAUUGCGACAAACAAAAUCAAAAACAAUAUGCCCGUUCAAACAUCAGACGUGGUCUCUGCCAAGGAGGUGUAUGAAGAGUUUGUUUGUGGUUAUUGCAAAAAACUCGUCCACUUCCAGAACAACACUAUUGCGACAUGUGGACACGUCUUUUGCUCCGUCUGCUUCCAGAAAAAUGUGGGCAUUGGGGGGACAGCGUACUUUACUAGCUAUCAAAGUGUGAGCUUUCAUAAUUGUUACAUCAGUUUCUUCAACCAUGGCGUGUACCACGGACACAAACCUUGCUACGUAGGAUGAAUAGGACCACGACCAUCUGCAUCUUCUUCUUCUUCACCAGCUGCACCAAAAUAUAACCACCAUACUCAACACAGAACCGUCCCCUGUCUCACGUGCGCUAAGCCAAUAUCGCCUGCUGUCGACGGCGGCCGCCCACUCUCCACUACAAACCCACUAGCCGAAAGGAUCUUCAAGAAGAUUCGGAUACGGUGUCCUCUUAACAAUGGCUACUGCAAAUGGACAGGAACUGUGGCAGAAAGUGGGACACAUGUUCGAGAGUGUAUAGCAUCAAAAAACAAGAUUGGAGCCGCAGGUGGAGAUGCGUCAGCGAAUGCGGCGAAGUCACCACCGACGAAAACGACGAAUUUAUGGCAAAGAAAGAGACUUGUUUUUGGUAGACUCACUUAACGACUUGAAAAUUAGUGAACUAGACUCACUUCUUAACGAAUGUUAAUAUCAUGAGCAUUUUCAGGCAUCAGAACAGAAACCACUGUCGAGGAAAUCGACGGUCACUACCUUACGAAUUGAAAAUUAUGAAAUGUGGUCAACAACAAGAAGAACAUCUCUAUCUAUUGUUACUUAUAUAUACUGUUACAUUGUCGUCGUUGUCUUUGUUCCACCUCCUCCACCUCCCCUUUAGUAGAAGUUCCCCUUCUUCAUACUCUCUCCCCUUUAGUGCCGGCUCCUCCGGCCCAAGGACAGGCCAAAGUGCUACAACCUCUGUAGAUUCAGAUUCUUCGGAGUACGACAGCGACGACAACGAUGAUGACACCGAUGACCCUGACGAAAUCAGGCGAAAAUUUGUCCCACCAGCGCGUGGGCCGAAUCCAAAAGCAGCAUCUACAACUACUGCAAGUGCUGCCUCAGCUACCUCCAACAAGACGGCAUCUUCUCCUGCCACUGCAGCAGCCUCUUCAGCAUCCAAGACCUCCACCACGACUGCUGGCACCUCAACGAGUUCAUCGUCCUCGACAUCGCAGAUACUAUCUGGGGCAUCCAAGAAUAGGGCAGUGAUGGAGGCCAAAGACAAAGGUGCUGAGUUCAUCAAGGCAAAAGAUUACAGAUCAGCAGCAACUGAGUAUUCCAAAGCCAUCAUGGCUUUGAAUGCGAGUGACGGUUCGAACCUAGCAGCAGUGUGUCACACGAAUCGAGCGUGGUGUAGACAGAACUUGGGGGCGCAUAAGGAGGCGGUAUUUUUUCGAUAGAUGGAGAAAGACGAAGAGGUUUUUCCUGCUGGUGCCUGUAGCUGUUGUUGAUAGAUGAUGAAAAUGUGACCAUGAAGAUAUCCCUUUUAACAUUCCCCUCUUCUACUUCUUGCUGAUCUUCCUUGACAAUUAUAUCUACCUCUCUCAUCCAGAUAUCCGACUUGAAAGAGUCUAUCCGAUUGGACGACAGUUAUGGCAAGGCCUACCAUCGUUUAGGUAUCGCUUACCUCCAGAGUGGCGAAUUUGAGGAGGCUCAGCGCGUAGUCGACAACAGAAUUGUCGUUGAAAAGGAAGCCGUAAAACAGCAACAGGAACUGGAAACCAGUAAAACGGGGAAAAAAGCGAAUCUCCUAGCUGGAGCUUUCAAGUCAAAAACGGAGAAAAACAAGGAGUUGCAGGAAAAGUAUGGACCAACAUUGCCAGCACUACAGACGUUGCAGGUACAAGUGAAGCAAUUGGUCAAGGCAGUGAGUGAGGGGAAGACGGCGAUCGAAACAGGAAAACCGAUGGAUGCGGUUAUCAAAUUUAGGAAGGUAAAACUAUAAUUUUUGAAUACAGAUAUCGAAAUCUGAAUCCUUCAGCAAUCUGUAGAGAUUUUCGUGUUGUUUCUUCACUAACACCAACAGAGAGCAGAUGGUAAUUAGAUAAUAUCAUCACCACGUUCAACAGGCCGUCCAAGUGUUCACGACCAACCAUACUGGACAAAGUCUCACCUUGCAGACUUGGUUAGCGCGCGCUCUCUUCGCCGCUGGCAAUGAGAACGGCCACGACACUAACCACGCGGAAGUCCGACGUAUCACGCAGAACAUUCUGAGGGAUAAUCGCGAUUUUGUUGAAGGCUUAGCUAUUCGCGCUCUGACCAUUUUCGCAGCCGAUGAAGCCGACAAAGCACAGCCUCUGUUGAAAGAGGCUUUGCGGUUGAACCCGGAUUGCGCAGAGGCUAGGCAGCUGUUCAAACUGGUGGUGAAGCCAGUGAUGGAGCAAACGGCUGAAGCUAGAGAACUAGUGAAGAAGUUCCGGUUUCGAGAAGCGAUUCCUGUCUUCAAGGAGGUCAUGCGCAUACUAGAGGGGGAGAAUGGCGCUGUGAAUUGGAGCGACCAGUUGGAUCCUGCUGUGAAGGAGAGUAUAACCCGUGGGUUGAGAAGAUCAACAUUGCUGGCUUCGGUUCAAGUGGAAUAUGCGGCAGCGAGCUUGAAGAUUAGAGAGUUUAAAGCAGCACUUGCGGCGUGCAAUUCGAGCUUGCGAUUGUACAGUCAAGUGUGCGAACAGACGAAGGUAUUCAUUACAUAUGGGUAUAUCAUCAUCAUCAUCAUAGUUCUUCUGGUAAAAAUAAUGGCUCAUUUUUAGUUGUGAUUCCAAAGAUCAUGAGAAAGUUCAUCUUGAAGUGAGGAUAGACUCUUCACAUUAAUUUAUCUCUCCACCCACCAGACCGCCUACCUAACCCGAUGCAAUGCGUACCUGGAAAUGAAGCAGCUCCAGGAGGCCGCAAACUCGAUGAAGCCGACGAUAGGGAUGUCGGAUGAUGAUGACAGGUACUACUACUAUUGAUGUCUUUGGAGGUCUUACUACAUCGCUGGUGGACGACGCUGACUCGGCUAGAAGUAGCAGAAUUAUAUUAGUCAUUUAAAGUAGCAGAAUUGUCAUUUAAUUUACAACAACUCUCACAUUUCUUCUUGCCUAGGCAUGUCAACAGAUGAUGAUCAGAAGAUACGGAGAAACAUGAACAUUAUAUAUGACGCAGGGCCGAACGGAACAUAUAUAGUUUCUAUUUCCCACAUAUACAUUCAAAUGCAGGCUCGAAAACAUGCGGAAUCGCGCAGAGGCUGAACUGAAGAAGGGUACGCGCCCAGACUAUUACCGAUUUCUGUCAGAGAGUCCCAGUGUACAGGCGCUCUUGAACCUCAAAGAGGGUGAGUGUUGGAAGACCUGUGGGUCACCAGACGAGGAUACCAACUCGGAUGGAGAAGAGUUGACAGAGGAAGACAAAAUUAUGGAUUGGUUUUUCUUGGAAAUGCAUUGGUCGUCACGAAAGGCGAUAUCAGGGACGCAGACAUGACAUGACUCUGCUUGUAGUCAAGUACUGGUCAUUAUCCUCUACGGGUCGAACGAAGAUAGUAUUAAUAUAUCAGACCCCUCAUCUAGUACAUCUUCUUGCUACUUCCUUGUGGAAAAUUCUUUCCACGACCUAUUGCUUUCUCUAAUCCCCACCGCAAAAUCGCUGCUCGCAUCACCCAGUAUUCCCAGGCCGCCCAAAUGAAGACCGCUUAUCGCCGCCGCUGUCUCGAGCUGCAUCCAGACAAACAGCAGGCAAGGUUGCACAAUUGGGCAGCCUCUGUUAAGGGCAAUGGCAGAGAACUGAGUCCGGCAGAGUUGAAGCGCUUUUCGAAGAACACAGAGGAGCACUUUAAGCUAGUGCAGGAAGCCUAUGACAUUUUGAGUGACACGUCGAAAAAGCGCUACUACGACAGUGGCAAAAGCAAGGACGAAAUCGAAGAGUUGAGUAAGGCGGGAGGAGGCUUCUCACGAGGAGGCGGCUUUGGAUUCGGAACAGGCGGGUUCAAUUUUCGAUGCUAGUGCGGCGUGCACGACGAGCUCGCUGAUGUGAACAAUCAAUGGAUAAGCACCAGUAGUAGAAGGAUGUCGGGUGUGAACAGUGAGUAAGCACGGGUAGAGGGUUGCUGACGUUGAAGCCGAAGAUGAUUCCACCUUCUCCUGUGUUUAUCCGGAGAGAAUUUUUUACAAACGUGUUUUUAUAUCUAGGUCCCAUAAUUAAUUGAAAUCAAGUUUACGUUGUUGAAUGUGUACUAUUCUUGUUCUCUCAAUCUCAUGAUGUUUCAUCCUUACUUCAAGUUUUUACCCGCCAAGAACGAAUCCCAAUCUCCUCAUACCUCCACGUCAGCAGAUUUCAAGAAGGGAAAAAAGAGUGUUGCUGCUGUGAUCGAUCAAUUGCGCAGUGUAGUCGUCUUCUAAAAAGAGUAGGGG